CACUCUGAUGGAUUUUAUUAUGUACGUUUGCUUUUCUGAUCUCUCUCAAUUCCAUAUAAAAAGACGCCGUCUUUUAGUCUUGGUGAAGGCGAGAUUGCAUCAAGUGAUCGAGGAGUCAUCAUGCAUAAAGAAAUUCAAGGGUUGAAUUACGAUUAAAAUCAUGAUUACCAGAAACUUUCAGUACGCAUAAACAUGCAAGAAUCUGGGUAUAAAUGUGAAGGUCGUUUGGGAGAAAGCAGAAAGCGGUGGCUUUUGCUGUUAUGGUUUGUGAGGCAGUGGGAGAAUUUCUAACGAUCGUGAGUCCCGAUUCUUCCGGAUGCUCCAAUGACCGAUUUUUCCGGUCACCCGGUCGUGUUUAACCCAGGCCCUAUAAUGCUAUAUGUAAGCUCACGCCUUGAUCAUUCUUCUCUCUUUUCCUACGAAUCUGCCUUUGUCCGAACAAUCUGUUAUUCCCGCGUACUACCCGUUUGGAUUGUAUUCCUUUUAGUUACAUUCUCGACUUCGUCUUUUGGAGUAUGGGCAGGGUGAAGCUGAAGAUAAAGAGGCUGGAGAACAUUAAUGGCCGUCAGGCGACCUAUGCUAAAAGGAGGAAUGGAAUUAUUAAAAAGGCUUCGGAAUUAUCUAUACUGUGCGAUAUAGAUAUUAUACUUCUCAUGUUCUCACCGUCUGGGAAGCCAGCACUAUGCGGAGGGAGGCGUAGUAGCAUAGAGGAGGUUAUUGCAAAGUAUGCACAACAAACUCCACAGGAAAGGGCAAAGAGGAAAUUGGAGAGUCUUGAAGCACUGAAGAAAACAUUUAAGAAGUUAGACCACGAUGUAAAGAUACAAGAAUUUCUGGGUACAAGUGGUCAAACUGCUGAGGACCUAAAGAAUAACGCCACAUUAUUACGAACGAGAAUAUCUGAAAUACAUACAAGAUUAAGCCAUUGGACUGAACUUGAUAAAAUCAACAAUGUGGAACAAUUGGAACAGAUGGAAAAUUCUCUCCGGGAGUCAAUUAAUCAACUUCGAAUGCAUAAGGAAAAUGUACAAAAGCAAAAACUUGAAUCAGUGCGAUGCAGUAACCAGUUCAAUGAGUUGCACAUUCCCUUCAGGAUCAGUGCCAAUCAACAUCUCCAACCUCUAUCAUGGAUUGCCAACAAUGACAGCCAACAUAUGGUUUUACCUGAUGAUUCAAACUUGCUUCUUCCCAAAGACAUAGAGUGUUCUGCAAGCUCCUCUUUCGGGGGUUAUGCUAGUUAUCUUGGCUCAAGUCCAAAGCCAGAUCUUUCUAAUUAUGGGCAAGAAAAUAGUGUCCUCUGUGACAUGACAAGCACCGCUUCUCUGAGACUACAAUUAGGCGGGCAGUUUCCGUACCUGCCAUAUAAUUUCAAUCCACUGCAUGACAUCAAUUUCCAGCCAUCUGCUGAGAUCAACCCACAUGACAACCCCAUAGAUUAUCAUCCUAAUAAAUGCUUUGAAGCUCCUAGACCUGCCUUCGACUCUAACCACAAUGGAUGGGCUUCUACAUCAGGACAUUGUGCUGUGACCACCAUGUUUGAUGAAUAUCUGUAUGCCCAGGUACCACAGCGACACUGAUUCACUACUUUUGCUCUGCAUCUACCAAUGACGCUGACAGAGAACUUCAGUCUGGCUUCAUCAGAUCUCAACAAUAUGCAAUAAUAGGCUAUCUGGAUUUUGCUUCCACCUUGUUUUCUGCUGUGAAGGUUGUUAUGAACGCAGAAAGCAUAUUGCGUUUCUUCUUCCGCACGUGGAUGGUGAGAGUUGUUUAUAGCAUCACAGUAUAGCGAAGUAACUGAUUCAGAAUAAUGUGGAUUUCAUUUUUGUUGGUAUCUGUAUGGGCUUCUUGUAAAUAAAGAGUGUCCAAGUUUGUUCCUCCUCACAUGGACCAUCCUUGUAUAUUGAAAAAACAUGAUUGGAUCACUCAAAAAGAAAGAAAAAAAAAACAUGAUUGCAAUUUCAGACAAA